AGGACCUACUAAGUCUGUGCAUAGAGGGAAUCUUAGUCUGUGGUUUUUACAAAAAAGGCCCAUAGAAGGCCGUGUUUUAAUAAGAAUUAGUGAUUUCUGGUCAUUUUAGUGGUAAUUUAUCAAUAAAAUCAUCUAAAUGGCGCUCAAUCCUCAAUACGAUGCCAUUGGAAAAGGUUUCGUUCAGCAAUAUUACACAUUGUUUGAUGAUCCGGCAACUCGACCAACACUCGCCAAUAUGUACAACGUUGAAACAUCUUUCAUGACUUUCGAGGGUGUUCAACUACAAGGUGCUGUUAAAAUUAUGGAAAAAUUAAAUAGUUUGACAUUUCAAAAGAUUGGUAGGUUAAUAACGUCUGUUGACUCACAACCUAUGUUCGAUGGAGGUGUUCUAAUUAAUGUUCUCGGUCGACUCCAGACAGAUGAUGAUCAACCCCAUGCAUACCUUCAAACUUUUGUAUUGAAGCCAAUAGGGAAUUCAUUCUAUGUAGAGCACGACAUGUUCAGGCUGGCACUUCAUGAUGUAUAAGAAUAAUUUAAACUACAAAGACAAAUGUGAUGAUGACCCUCCGCACCCAUACAUGCAGACAUUCGUUUUGAAACCACUUGGAGAAUCGUUCUUUGUUCAGCACGAUAUAUUCCGUCUAGGUAUCCAUGAUUCAGCUUAAUUUAACUACUAAGUAAUCACCUUCCAUCAAUGAACAAAGGUCAUUAUAAUAAUAAAUGGUCAACACAUCAUUUUACUCUUGUUUUGGUUAACUAGGUGUAAGUAAUUGUACAAUGUAAUGUCUAAUUGUAAAUUCAAAACAAGACGGAUCCAGCACAAAUUUUGGGUCAAUCAUGAAUUUGCAUUAUUUUCUUUAUUUAUUGAUCUGAAAUAGUGUGCUAGGUCUUAUCAAUCAGCAUUGAAAUUUGCUUGCUUAUAUAAAGACAGCUUCGGUCAAAGUAAUGGUCAAAGAUGGACUCUUAGUUAUGUGUAUACAUUUUAUAAAUAAAUAUCAUAUAAUUUUUUAAAAGCUUGUUUUACUAAAAAAAUCUGAAAUAG